AUGUCCGCCUCCGACUCGGUUCCGGCCACACCGGAAGACUGGAAAGACCUGUCAACACCCGCAUCCCCUGGCUCUGAAGAUUCUUCUGAACCUAGCACGCCUCUCGAGUCUCCUGGCCAAGACAGUCCCAAUGGGCCUCCUCGAAGGGUUCCGUCCCUACGGUCCCAUUCUGAUCCUCGCAACAUGAACCCGAACUCAACUGCGAUGGGUCUUCUGGGCAAGGCCAGAAAUCCUGCAAACGGCAGUGCCCCAGUAGAAAAUAGUAUUAUGGCCAAGGCGCGGGAACUUCAUCGGCAACGCCUGCAAAAAGGCAACCCAGCAUCACCUUCCGGGCAGUCGUCAACGCCCGGCGUAUCGAACGGUUUUCCUAAUUUGCGACUACCCCCGAAUUUGCAAAGACCACAGGCUCCAAAUCAUGUCAACUCUGCUCCUGCGGUAACGAAGCCUUCGCUGAGUGAAAGAAGGAGUCAGAUGGGCAUGGGCAUGAAACUGUCUGAUAUGGGCGGACCCAGUCCUGCCACGGCCACGGGUAAGAAACGUGGACCUCCUGGAAAACUAUCGGACAUUACGGGCGACGCGCCCGGCAACCAACAAUCAAACGGAGCAGGAGGUGGUCAAGGAUCGAAGAUGGACGAUUUCAAGAAAUAUAUUGAUACGGAGAAGGGGUGGGUCACAUUUGAUGGCGCUGCUACUAUCACACGGACGGGAGUCAACUUCGCCAACGGCCAAACCUUCAGCAUAUCUCUCGAUGAGGUUGAAGUGUUGAACGAGCUGGGUAAAGGAAACUACGGAACAGUCUACAAGGUCAAGCAUGCCAAGAGGAGACUCCCGCGGUUUGGACAAGGCUUAUCAAGGAAGCCCCUUCCUGUAUCAUAUUCGCAAUCGGAUCCCUCCCCCAUCAGGCCUACCGAAGACUCAGCCGACGGCCAAAUGGAUGCGAUAGACGGCACCACUGGUAUGGUUAUGGCAAUGAAGGAGAUGCGGCUGGAACUUGACGACGCCAAGUUCACGACUAUCCUGAAAGAGCUUGUUAUCUUACACGAGUGUGUUUCGCCCUACAUUAUUGACUUUUACGGCGCUUUCUUCCAGGAGGGUGCUGUGUACAUGUGCAUCGAGUACAUGGACGGAGGCUCCAUUGACAAGUUAUAUACUGGAGGAAUUCCCGAGAACGUACUGCGAAAGAUCACAUACUCAACAGUGAUGGGCCUUAAGUCGCUGAAGGAGGAACACAGCAUUAUUCACCGCGAUGUUAAACCAACAAACAUUCUCGUCAACACACGAGGUCAAAUCAAGAUUUGCGAUUUUGGCGUCAGCGGUAAUCUGGUUGCCAGUAUAGCUCGAACCAAUAUUGGUUGUCAGAGUUACAUGGCACCCGAACGAAUUUCAGGUGGUGGAUUCGCACAAGCGGGCAACUCUGACGGAUCAUACAGUGUUCAGAGUGAUGUCUGGAGUCUGGGCUUGACCAUCAUCGAGUGUGCCAAGGGUGCAUACCCUUACCCUCCCGAGGUAUCAUCUACUAUUUUCAGUCAACUAAGUGCUAUCGUCGAAGGCGAGCCACCCGCGAUGCCAGAUGAGGGUUACUCGGAUACAGCUACGGACUUUGUCAAGAGCUGUCUUCACAAAAUUCCCAAGCAGCGACCAACCUACGCAAUGCUGCUAAAGCACCCAUGGCUCGUUGAAUUUACAAAGCCUCAGACGAUCACAGAAGAAGCUGAGGACGGCGACGAGGCUGACAAGGUUGCGGAAGCAGUUGGUAAAAUUGCUCUUAACUCAUCAACUGAGGAUGCGGAAGUCGCCGACUGGGUGAAUAGCGUGCUGCAGAAGGAGAGAGACGGAUUGAAGAUGGAUGGUCCCGUAAGACCGGCACUGCACACCGCGCCGCUUGACAGCGUCAGCCCCAUAUCAAGUCCGAAUGACGCCUAG